UGAGAUCCAACGUUCAAUCAAGCGAGAUCUUUGCAGUUUUUUAGUUUCCUAAUAAUAUACAUGCAAAACUUUCAGCAUACUGAUUGGCUGAGGGGCACGUCAAUUAAUCACAAACAGUGCAGAGAGUUGAAACUAAAUUGUAUGUAUAUUAUUAACAAGUGAUCAAAUGAUUUUUCCAGUGCACUUUGGAAUAAAUAAGUACUCUAAAUUUUGCAGAGAUUAAUAUCUCCGAGGGUUGUCUCUGCAAAAUUUACUUGUGCUUAUUUACUCCAAAUUGCACUCGAAAUCAUUUGAUUACUUAUACAAACCGCUCAAUGAGGGACAACAGAUAUGGUGCAGAGGAAACUUUCCAUAUGGCAGUAGCAUGGAUGCCCGUGAUACAUUUAAGGGACUUGUAGACACAUAUUGUGGGCCCUAUACAAGGCUCCUUUCUCUUUUAAAUUUCCGAUUAGCUUUGAAAAUUUAUACUGGAGUUCCACGUUCCCCCCGUCACUGUAUUCUAGUGUCCAGAGCCUCUUCCGCCUGGUAUCGAAAUUGACACCGCUUCCGUUUUCAAAAGACACCUCUGGUUUCAUUUUGCGCUUCGGUGAGCGAAUUACUCGAUCGUUUGAAAUCAAGCUGUCUAUGAACUUCAAAAAGUUGUGAAGCAGCGACAUGGAACGGCUGAAUUUAGAUAACAAGCAUUAACUUAAAGAAGGUUUGGCCAUUUAUAUUCAAUCAGAGAAGCAUUUUGUAAUUAACGUCAGCACAUCUUUCUGAAAUGGAAGGACCGGCCCUUUACAGUUCAGUUGAGAAGACAAACGGAGCAAAGUUGAGCAGGCUUCUCACUGACGGUGGAACAAAGGUGCUGAGGAAAGUGUUCAACAGCUAUCAUUCCCCUGCAAAUCUAGUGACUGCUCUUAAUUCCAACUACAUUACUCUUAACAAACUCUUAAAGAAACGAGUUUUGCAUAAGACUCAAUGGGACCAGUUGUUCCCACCAGCUGGUGAAGGUGUUCCUGAUUCUAACACUUUUGACAUCACGCUUCUUUUUGUCCUGCUGACCAACAUUUGCGGGCUGCACCCUCCCCCCUCUGGAUGGCACACAAAGCCACCCCCCACUGAUCUCUCCCUUGAGGCAAACCUUGCUCGUAUGAAGUAUUUUCGCAAUGAGUUACACGGUCAUGUUACAACAACAGGUCUUGACACAGCAACGUUCACUGCUCUUUGGAACGAGAUCAGUGCUGUUCUUGUUGUUCUCGGACAUGACCAGGCAGAAAUAGAUAGACUGAAAGCGGAAUGCGGCGGGGAGGAGGAUUAUCUAAAUGUUCUGUUUGAGUGGGCUAACAGCGAAGAGGAAAUUAAGUCACAAUUGAAUGAGAUAACUCGCGCUCAGAAAAAAACACAUAAGGCUGUAGAGGAAGUUCGUCAGAUGCUCAAGAAAACGGUUAAUACAAAAUUAAAUCGAACGACAAAAGACAACGUUUCAGAAGAAAUCCUCAAAAACCUGGCAAAGUCUGAGUUUAAGGGAGACAUCGAGUUUCACGCAGGAAGAUUUCAAGUUAACACCCGUGAGUGGGUCUUCAAAGAAGUGGAGGACUGGUUAGACAACAGAAACUGUCAAAACCGCGUGAUGGUGAUCAGCGGAAAUGCAGGCAUGGGGAAGUCGGUUAUCUCUGCUGUUAUUUGCAAAAGAAUGCAAAAAGCUGACAGACUGUUAGGUAGCCACUUUUGUCAGCAUAAUAAUACCCGUUACCGAAAUCCUCAGUUGAUGCUUCAGUCCUUGGCCUGCCACUUAUGCCAAGCCCUGCCAGAGUACAAGAAUAUCCUUGUGGAACAACUGUCGCGAAAUUUGGGAGUAGAAUUAGAUAACCUGGGAACCGAAGAGCUGUUUGCGUUGCUUUUCAAAGAGCCCCUGGGCAUUGUGGCUGAUCCUGGUAAAAACACGCUAAUUGUUAUAGACGGCUUGGAUGAAAGUGACUACCAAGGACGCAAUGAGUUGCUCGAUGUGAUUGCCAAUCAGUUUUGCAAGCUUCCACUGUGGAUCCGAUUUCUGGUAACCACUCGUCCCGAGAGAAACAUUGUAGAGAGUCUCAAACAUCUGCAACCGUUACAGCUGGAAUCAGAUGCCGAAAAGAAUUUGGACGACAUCGAAUUGUUUUUCAAGAAAAAGCUGCAGUAUGUGGUGAAUGGAGAUGUGUCAGACGCUUUUAUAAAGAAACUUGUAGCAAAGUCCGAAGGCCUGAUGCUGUACGCCUACUUCCUCGUUGAUUUUAUUCAGAAGAAUGCGUUACUUCUACAACAAGGGGAGUUGGAUCUCAACUUGCCGUUAAGCAUUUCCUCUGUUUACCAUUCUUAUUUUAAGCGUCUGGAGGUCGAACUUUGCAAUGAAGUUUGUAUAAACGAGGAAACGUUUCUGAUCUUUCUUUGUGCUGUUACUGCUUCGAGGGAACCAUUACCGCUAGCUUUCGUUUCAAAAGUCUUUGGACUUGGAACCAUGUCGAAACUUGAUCAGAGAAAAGCAAACAAAGCUAUAAGCUGCGUUUCCGCUCUUCUCCCAAUUCGCGAUGGUCGUCUGCACAUAAUUCACAAGUCAGUAAAAGAUUGGUUGACUGACAAGUUCUGCUAUGGAGAUCACGACUUUAUUGUUGACGAGAGAGAGGGCCACUGCAUCCUUGCAAGGCUUUGUGCCAGUGCACUUAAGGAUUUGAAACAGAAAGGCGUUCAUGAUGCACAGUUCAGUGACACUGAGAAGUAUGCCCUUCAACAUGGUGUCCAACACAUGCUGGCUCUAGGGGAGGAUUCAAGUCCUUAUGGAAUUGAAUCGACGAUAAAAAUGUAUGUGAUUGAUUUGGAACUAAUGUAUGCAAAGCUCUGUGUCAGUAACGCGUACAACACAGUAGCCUCUGAAGAUAUCCUUACCGUUCAAAUGCAUGAGAUGUCUAAGGAUCUGCCUGCUGAACUGCAGAGAGCCCUAAGUACAUUGCUGUUCUUGUUACGGAAGCACCGUAACACACUGAGGGAUCUUCCGCGUGUCCUCUUCCAACUUGCACUGAACGAAGGCGGACCACAGGUGUCCCCUGAAGCAUUCAACGUGUUGGAGACCAGAUAUUUUGAAAUUCCGUACAUGGAAUGCCUAGAUGACGACGCUCCCCAAGGUGGUGCCUCAGUCGAAUUACACUGCUCAGAUACAGUAGCUUGUUUUGAUGUAUCAUCUCAGUUAGACUACAUGGUUUGUGAAUGCCAUGAUGGAACGAUACAACUGUGGUCGCUCAAGACCAGCAAGCUAGAAUGGGUAAGACCUGUCAUAUUCAGGAAAGAUUACGUCGGUGUGCCAUUUGGAAGUGCGUAUAAAAUACCUCAGUCAUCUCAAUUCGGAAACUUGGACCAGAGUCUGAGGCCCCUCUCAUGUUAUCGCUCUGUCGCUUUCCAUCCUAACGGCAACUUUGUGUUACCAGGGAACCUCAGUCGUGUUUAUACCAUUGAUGGGGAUCAUCAAAGGCUCUUUCCCUCAAGUAGCUGCAAUUUCACUGUUUGCCACUUUUCUGAUGACAGCACCAGGAUGCUAACCGAUUGUCUCAAUGAGACACGAUGCGUAAUCAUGUGGAGUUUGUCAACUGGUAAAGAGAUCACUCGUUUAACGAGAAGUGAACCUGUUCUAUCGUUUGCCUGUUCUCGUGAUGGUACGUUGUUAGCGAUUUGCCAUCCACAUUCAAUCUGUCUGUUUGAGGUAGGCUAUGAUUUCCAUUGUCUCGGAGAAACGGCAACACCACUUUCCUGUGGGUUGAUCAACUUCUCACAUGACAAUCAAGUUCUGUCUUGUCUCCAUCUCACGGAACUGUCAAGACACACUUGCCGUUUUAAAGUCAGUUUAGAAGAUUCUCCUAACAUCGCAUCGAAGGCUGUUUUGGAGGAAAUUGAUGAGGACCAAGACAACUCCGGUCCCUGGGAGUUUGAACAUAGAAUUAAUGGAGGAUUUUUGUUAGGAGACCCGAUUGACAUCUCAAAAAAAACGUUGUCAAGCGUGGUGCCAUUUUGGGAAGCAGGAUUCAUCUCUGUGCUAAACGAAGAAACUGCAUUGAUGAGUAGUCCAGAUCUCAACUACCUGAGUCUGAUAGAUCUUCGCAAGCUGAGAGAGAACAGCGGAGAAAGUCCAGAAACCCCCGUGCAAGAUUUUGCAUUUUCUAUCGAUGGACAGACUGUUUAUGUAGUGAGUAAUGAUGAGACAAGUCAAACAACGGUCACUGCCUGGGACGUCUCAAAUAGAAAGGUUCAAGGGCGACUAGAGCUUCGGCUGAUCUCUCUUGUACCUGUGAGAGAUGGUGUUGUUUUGGUGGCACAAAACAAACCACCUGAGCUGUGGAAUUUCAAGUUAUCCACUUGUGUCAGAUGCUGGAGCACGUUGACUGGAGUCACGAAUUUGAUCCCUAUAUCCGAAGAACUAAUCGCAUGCGUGGGAAGGCAAGCGGACGUAAAUAUCGUAGCUACGACUGGCGGAGAAAUUGUGUCGACGAUUCAACCGUUUGAUCAAAGGCAGGUUAUUGCAUGCAACAGGAAUUGCCAGUUAGUAACUUUUAGCCAAAAGAAUCGCUUUCCGCUCAGCUCCAAUGAAGGUUGGAUAGAAGGGACUCUGAGGUUGUCAAAUACCACGACACUGAUCUGGGAACGGGAUACGUCUCUGCCCUGGUGUGAAGGUUACAAAGAUCUGCCACAUUGCAUCUUCUCUCCUAAGGAAACGUUUGUAGUUGUUUGGGGAAAAGCUCUCCUUGACGGCCCUGGUGUACACAUCCUCGAUGCACUUUCAGGAGGCACACACCACACUCUUCCUAACAGCAAAAACGUGGUUGACUGCAAGUUUGUCUGUGACGAGGAAUGUCUUGUCUACAACAGAGGAAUCAACGUUCUUCGUCUGUUCAACGUCAGGUCAGGCGAUCUGCUGACUGUUAUGGACAUCGAGGAGCGACCCUGUUGCUUAGCAGUCUGUCUCCCCCACCAUCUCAUCGCCAUCUGUUUAACGGGCGUCAGAUUCAGGGUCCUCAAAGUGUGGUCGCCACAAAUCAAAGACAGGAGGGAAAGCAAAAGAGUUACACGAAGCAACGGGCAGCACGAAGGAUGGCUAAAGGAACUCUUAGAUAUGAUCAUCUUGGGUUGAGACUUCGGGCUACGAAGUGUGUGAUAAGUUCCACAGCUCACGUCGACUCUUUCAUCUUAUUAAAUACAGUGCCAUUUCAGCUCUCUCCUCUGCAGAGGCUCGAACAUUCGUCAUAGAAGUCCACUAUGCGAGGUGAGUGCAGGUGCAAAGUCGAAUCACGUAGCCCUGCGCCUGCGCUCACAUCACCCAGCGGAUCCUCUCCACCCGAAAAUAAAAACCUUUGAGCCUCUGCGUCGCCUCUGCGGAGGAGAGAGCCAUGCCAGCUUAUUGAGACCCUAAAGUCACCCAUCUAAGUCAGUUCAGCUUCUUGAAAAAGACAUGGUCUGCCGUUUCGAUAAGAAGUUGACUACAGUCGAACCUCCCGUAAGCGACCACCCAAAAUGUCAAGCCCUGGUGGUCGUCCACGGGAGGUGGUCGCUUACGAGAGCUUAGAGCAUAUUGGGUUAAGAUUUUGGCUCAUUAGCAUAGGGUAACUGCAGAUACUUAUCCCAUGUUUAAAUUGCUUUAUUCAUGGGAAAAGUCUAUUUGGAACCGGUACUUCACAUUGAUAAUUUUCAAUGCGGUAAUGUUGCAACACCUAAUUAUCCAAUUUAGCUCUAUUAUCUGUCAAGUGGUCGCCCACGGGAGGUUAAAAAAUAAAGGAAAGUUUCAAACUUUUAGCU